AUGCCGCGACGUGGUCGUACGGAGGGCGAGCGAGGAGCGGCGGCGGUGGCGGCGGGGCGGAGGAGGGGUGCGAGCGGGGGUGCGCCACUUUAUCGCGGCGAGCUGGCAACGCCGCGCGGGGCGGUCGGCCGCGGGGCGGGACGGGGCGCGGGGGAGAGGUCCGCCAGCCGCCAGCCGCCGGCCGCCAGCCGCCAGCCAGUGUUACCUUUGACGGUGGUUGGAGCGGUCGCCGGACGGUGGGCCGUAGUGAUGUCGCCGUCGGCACUCGCGCUGCACGUCUGUCAUGUUGAAGUCGACUGUCGACUGUCGGGCUCGUUUUGUUACCAUUUGGAUUUUUUUCACGGUGAUUUUGAGUGUGGAUUUUGCGACUCAAUAAAUGCCAGUGACUUAUCGAGUUUACAGAGUGGAUUUGUGUUAGUUACCGAGGGGGUGCGACACAGGGGAAACGCGCCAAGCGGCUAUGGGUGCCCCGGCGGAGCGGGCGCGAUGAGCGGCGGAGGCGAGAACGCGCAGUUCGGCGCCACCGCCGCGAUGGUCGCCGCGGCCACCACGGCCGCGAUGCAGGACUCGCAGCCCUUCUCGCAGAUGCAAAACAACAUGACGAUGGGAAAUCCCCAGUACAGUGCGAUGAAUGGCUACGGUCAACAACGGAGCCACAACCCCGCGAUGACGGGAAUGGGGAUGGGGGGUAACGGCGGGAUGAACGGAAUGACCGGCAUGGGACAGAUGGGGAACGCCAUGACCGGCAUGAACCCUAUGGCUCAGAUGGCCAACAUGGGCAUGCACGCGAACAUGAUCUCCUCACAGAUGGGACCCGGACAAAUGGGCAACUCCGCGAAGAUGGGCCCUGGCUACCAGAGGCGGCACACGCCCUACCCUUCAGGGACGAUGAUUAUGGGCUCCCGAAAGACUCAGUACAUGGGCGGACAACCCGGCUUCGGCCCGGCGCCCGCUCAGUAUCAAACGGGUUACGGCCGACCGGCCUUCCAGGGUCAAUACCCUCCGCAGCAGCCGCUCGGAGCCAGCGGGAACUUCGGCUCGGGUAUGAGAGGCACCAUGAGACAGUCGACUCCGCCUUACUCCAACCAGGGCCAGUAUUUUAACGGAGGAGUUCCCAACCAGUUCCCUCAGCACCAGGCGGGUAGUGGUCAGUACGGCGCGCAGUACGGAGGUCAGUUCGCGCAGGAGGUGGCCAUGAGGUCCAACAUGAGCUACCAGCACAGUCCGGUGCCCGGGAACCCCACGCCGCCUCUCACGCCCGCCAGCAGCAUGCCGCCUUACAUCAGCCCCAACGCUGACGUCAAACCUCACUUUAACGAGCUCAAACCACCGAUGGGCAUGCAGAAUGACGAGCUCCGGUUAACAUUCCCCGUAAGAGAUGGUAUCAUAUUACCACCUUUUAGAUUAGAACAUAAUUUAGCAGUUAGCAAUCACGUAUUCCAAUUAAAGCCUACGGUACAUUCAACAUUAAUAUGGAGAUCUGAUCUGGAGCUGCAACUCAAGUGUUUUCAUCACGAGGACAGACAGAUGAACACCAACUGGCCGGCGAGCGUGCAAGUAUCAGUGAACGCUACGCCGCUAGUCAUCGAUCGAGGAGAGAACAAGACGUCGCACAAACCGCUGUACCUGAAGGAAGUCUGUCAGCCCGGACGAAACACUAUACAGAUCACCGUGUCCGCGUGCUGCUGUUCGCAUCUCUUCGUAUUACAAUUAGUCCACCGGCCGAGUGUGAGGAGCGUGCUGCAAGGAUUACUGAGGAAGCGAUUAUUAACCGCGGACCACUGUAUCGCUAAGAUCAAGAUGAACUUCAACCAAUCCCCGGCACAGAACAACAGCUCGAACGCUCCAAGUGAUAGAGACAGUGUGGAGCAAACGGCACUUAAAGUGUCGCUGAAAUGUCCGAUAACGUUUAAAAAGAUCACCCUCCCGGCGCGGGGACACGAGUGUAAACACAUACAGUGCUUCGACUUGGAGUCAUACCUGCAACUGAACUGUGAGAGAGGAUCGUGGAGGUGUCCGGUCUGCAAUAAACCAGCUCAGCUGGAAGGAUUAGAAGUGGAUCAGUACAUGUGGGGCAUCCUGAAUACAUUGAACACGUCGGACGUCGACGAAGUCACCAUCGACAGUGGCGCCAACUGGAAAGCUACAAAGAUAUCCGCUAACCCUGGCAUUAAGCAAGAAGACGACAGCAACGACAACAGUGGCAAGAGAAGCAAAGCGGUGUCCCCGGGCUCUAUGAACAUGCCCACUAUGAACAACUGGGACAUGAACCAAGCUCUUUCACCCUACCUACCGCCCGACAUGAACACCAUCGCCAGCGGGUCCAUGAUCUCAUACAACCAGGGAGGACAGAACAGGAACUCCGGGUCCAGCAACAACAACUACGACUUCGGACCCAACAGCAACGAGUUCGCCGGCAACGGACCACUCGCUCACCUCAACGACAGUGUGAACUCACUCGACCCGCUCAACGCUAUGGAGAAGAGUCUUAACGAACAGAUGCCGCACACGCCCCACACGCCUCACACGCCGGGGUCCGCGCACACCCCGGGGGGAGGCGCGACCCCGGGCUCCAGUCACACGGGCCCCCCCUCAGUGGACCGGCACCCCCUCACUGACGUCGACAUCCCCGCUGACCUCAACUUCGACCCCGCAGCGGUCAUCGACGGAGAGGGCACCGACAACCUGAAUCUGCUGCCGGAGACCAGCGUGGACCCGAUGGAGCUGCUGUCGUACCUGGAGGCGCCGGCGCUGGGCGAGCUGCUGGCCACGCCGCCCUCCUCCUCCUCGUCGGCCGGCAGCCUGGCGCCGCGCGCGCCCUCCUCCGACGACCUGCUGGCGCUCUUCGACUGA